CACUGUCAGUUCAGUCCAGUCAGUCUAACCUGCGAAUUGCGCCCAUUACCAGCGCCCGCUAGCCAGCCUUUUAUCGUUUCUAUUAAUUUCACCACAUUUAUCUGUUUACUUAUUGCUUUUAACGUCAAUUUAUUUUACAGCUCAUUCAAAGUUUUCGGUGUAAAUUUGUGCUCUAAGUAUAUAAGUGAUUAGAAAUUUCUAGUCGUGGUUACUAAGUAUAACCGUACUUAUACCUGCCAUCGCAGGAUUCACAGAAGUUUGGGAGUAGAAGUCUAUUUUAUCAGGGUAUAAUGGCUCGAGGUCAACAGAAACUCCAAUCACAGGCAAAAGCUGCCGAGAAGAUGAGCAAAAUGAAAAAACAGCAAGGCCACAGCGCCACUGACCAGAAGAAGGCUGCCCAGAAGGCGCUGGUGCACGUGUGCGUCGUCUGCAAGGCGCAGAUGCCGGACCCCAAGACGUACAAGCAGCACUUCGAGAACAAGCACCCCAAGAAUGACUUGCCGGAGGAUCUCAAAGCUAUCUAACAUUUAACUUUUUUUAUUUAGACUUAAUACACUUAAUUAAACAAUAAGUAUUGUAAAAAAGUUAUAUUUGUAUCUUACACAGCACCCGCUACUGUAUCGGCUCAAAUGUAUUUCACUAUGAUUUUGUUACAUUCACACUUUAUUUGACAGUGUUCUUGCUUGUUUGUAAAGAUAAAAUGGUUUCCAAAACAUAUAUUGUUUCUUAAAUAUACUUGAUUUUGUCUGCGAUUGAA